AUGGGUAUCGCUGGAAGCAGACGUAUAGAUCACCACUACGGCAGAGAGAAACACAAGCAAAAGGGAGACACAGUAUUAUAUAUGUGGCAUCUGAGAGACCAUUCGUAUCCGCCCUUCCAGAUGUUGCGCAUUCUAGACGAAGAUAGUGGCACCGAGAGCGGCAGCAAUGACUGCGUUGCUGACGACGAUGGAGGCAGCGGCGUUUCUAUUGACAGCUCGUUAGCCAUUGAGACCAGAAGACAAAGAAGAAGUGCAAGGGAAAAGAAAGCAGUCUUACUGGGUGUUGUUGUGGGAACCGCCGUGGCUACCACCAUGACUGCCCUUCUUGCGCUUCUCAAGGACAGGAUGUCCCUCGGCCAAAUGCUUGACAGGCUCAGCAACCUUGGCUGCGGCGUCCUGGACGCUAUUCUCGGGCUCGUUGGGCAUGGCAGCGACCAUGGAAGCCAGGAGGAAGACGGCUCCGGUAACGGCAGAGAACUUCAUGUUGGCGGUUGA